AUGGUAAACUGCAAUCGUUGGGGCAUCCCCCCUCGCAGUCAAAAAACUAAAAUUUGCAGUAAUUUAAGCGUUGCUUCGUGGAAUGUCUGCACACUGCUGGACUUGGCCGAAACACCUGAGAGGCCCCAUCGUAGGACAGCACUUGUGGCUCUGGAGCUCGCAAAGUACAACAUUGAUAUUGCAGCACUCAACGAGACAAGACUACAUGGAGAGGACUCCCUGACAGAGGUUGGUGCAAGUUACACCUUCUUUUGGAAAGGGGUCCCUGAAGGCUCUCGCCGCAUCCAUGGAGUUGGUUUUGCUGUGAAGUCCCAACUGCUGCAGCGCAUCCCAGAAUCCCCCGUCGGCAUCAAAGAGAGACUGAUGACAUGGUGCAUCUGA